AUGCAAGUGCUGGAGCCGGCACCAACAAGGCACAGGCCUAGGCUUCCACUUCUAAGUACAAGAGAUCCUGCAGCGCAUAUGCCUGGAUCGAAAGGAAAGGUUGAGUGCGCUCGGACUCGGCAACGACGUACUUUACUCGAAUGUAUGUCGCGCCGAACCGUUCUUCGAAUGCUUUCAUUCUUAUCAUUCCACGACAUCAACAACUUACUUUGUGCUGAUAAAAGGCUAAGACCAUUUGUUAAUAUGCCAUUUUUUGCUCGCUGGCGCAAGCAGUAUCUUAAAUUUCAAGAGUGUGAGCACACUUAUGAGCGUCAUCUACGCGCUGUUCCCACCCAGGAGACUCCUCAGGAUCAAGUCAUUGACGAAUCAUACGUCCUCGUAUAUAUGGAAUCGCUACGUGCGUUACAUUUUUGCAAACCUCCCUUGCAGAUGCAUGAGAUUUUGUACAGCAUACUCCAAAGUCAAAGUGAGCAUUUUCCACCGGUCAAAGCAGCUUGUGCGUUUGUAAUUGAAUGGAUUCUUGGGCGUGUCUCAGUGCAAAAUGCAUUUUCGCGAUUUGAUCAUGCACAUGCGGUCGAGCUUCUUUACUUUUUGCGUCUUUUCCUCGCUGUUUUUCGACUGUCGCGUUACUUCGAUACCGACUACUCCGUCUCACAAUAUCCCCAAUCAAUCCACACGCUUGAUGGAGAUUGCGCCUCUGCAUUAGGUCAUUUUUUUGCACCCGGCCAACCCGUUUGUUCGUCAGGAGAGCUUACUGAGGAGCAGUCCAGGUUUGUCCACUACCAAGUGCGUCGGAAUGAUCUCUUAUGUGUUCAAGCGUACGCUGGCACUGGUAAGACAAGAUCUUUACUAGCGUACGCCAAAUUGCGACCACAUCAAAGAUUCUUGUACAUAACAUUCAAUGCUGCUGCGGCAAAGUCGGCUCGGAGUGUAUUCCCGCCCAACGUUGAUUGUCGAACAAUGCAUUCUGUGGCCUUACGACAUGUAUUACUCCCAGAGGACCAAGAAUUACGUACUCUGCGUCCCCGAGAUGUUGUCCGUCUUCUCGGUGAUCGUAUUCCUGAAGGCAAAAGAACGACGGAACCGGUUCAUGAUCGCUCGAACGCCCUUGCUCCAACUACGGUGGCGCUAUAUAUAUUGCGUACACUUGAUCGAUUCAUGCAAUCAACAGAUGACCAUAUCCGACCAGAUGUUCACAUCCCAAAGAACAUGAGCUUAUCCACAGACCUUCGUGUGGAAGCCAUUGCGGAAGCCACCCAAACUUUGUGGGAAAUGAUUUGCUCGAACAAAUCACGCGGCCGGAUGAAAGCGCCAUGUCCUCAUGACGCGUAUGUCAAGCUCUUGCAAUUACAGCCUCUAGCUACUUUACGCUUUUUUGCCGAGUACAAUGCCCUGCUUCUGGACGAGGCCCAGGACCUCUCAGCAUGCCAAACAGCUAUCUUACUCCGUGCACGCGGUCAAUGUGGUGUCAUUGUGGUGGGUGAUAUACACCAAAAGAUUUACGGCUUUCGAGGGGGCAGUGCUUCCGCAUUCAACGCGCGUCUGUAUUCACCGACUGCUACAUUUCACCUUACUAAGAGCUUCCGAUUUGGAUCGCAGGUCGCGGCUCUUGCGACCAAGGUAUUACGUCUCAAGGCACCCCCACCAUGGCACAACGAAGAACAACAUGGUGUUUGGCAACAUCCCAGUAUCACAGGACAUGGCUCUGACAAAGUUUAUCGGGAUAUUCGCGCCAUUUCUAAACCACACACACGCAUUUACCGCACUAAUGCGCUACUCACGCGUGACUUACUGCAGCUCUCCUUGACAUUACCUGAAAACGAGUUCCUUUUUCUCAAAACGAGCCAGAAUCUAUCACACCGAUCGAUCAUCGACUUGCUUCACGAUGGGCACAGACUAUACCAUGGAGACUCUUCAGGAAUGACACCGAACUCGUCUCUUCGCGAAUUUUCAGCUUGGAAAGAACUCGUGGAACAUGUAGAAGCUGAAGAUGCGGCCGAUGGCAAGCUUACUUUGGUCCUUUCGCUCCAAGAAAUGAUCGCCUCACCCGAUUUUUUGGCCCAGCUGGAAGGUCUAGACCGAAAGUUCUGUGCAAAUGAGGAAAGUGCCUCAAUAGUGCUCACUACGGUUCAUCAAGCCAAAGGCCUAGAAUGGGACUCAGUUGUCAUGGCAAACGACUUUUCUCCCUCUUUAGAUGCCUGCACGCCAUUCUCGUUGCAGCCUCAGGUGUCUCAGUUAUUUGCACAGGAUGAAUUGAAUCACAUGUACGUGGCCAUCACAAGAGCUCGCUGCGAACUUUUUAUACCCAAUUGUGUCUUGCAAUGGCUCGUCGUAUUAGAUGGACUUUUUCGUUACCGCUUUUGUGAGAAAAAGCGUUCAAGAAAAUGCCCACAAUGCCAACAGGUGUCAAGUUUGGUCCAGUUGUGUGAACCUUUCGCAGGCACACUGCAAUUUGAUGCGCGCACAGAAACGCUUGGAUGCCUACUUUGCAUGCGCUCUCAGCUCUCGACGGACGAUGAUCUGCAUGACUUUGUGCGUUUUAUUGACGAAUGCGGUGUUAGUACCGUGACAGGUAGACUCACGUCCGCCUCAAUCACGCGAUAUGAACAUAAAAUGAAGAUUCCCUCGAGACUGCGCUCGAAACGUGCGCGCCUAGAGGUCUCCUCUCAACAAGAUACCCCAGCAUGUGCGGGCAGUACCGCACUUGAUGUAUUGCUACCCCAUGUCCGCGCACAAAAAUAUACCAACAUGUUGGAAAGCAAAAUGCAAAGCAUUGAUACAUGGUUCACCCUCGAACAAUUUUGGCUGUCGCCUCGUGAAUCAUCAUAG